AUCGACGCCGCUGCCGCCCGCGUGGCGAGGCGCGCCUGCCCGAGCACGGUCCACCUCGGCGACGCGAGCGCGGCCGGCCCGCGCGACCUCGCCAAGCGCUUGAGGCGGCGGGGCCGCAUCUCGCGGGCCUGGGUCAUGGGCGGCUUCCCUUUCCAAGCACCAGCUGCGCUCAAAGUCGAUCGCCAGGGCCUGGCAGGCGCUCGCGCUGGCCUCGUGCAGCACCUGAAGCGGAUCGCUGACGGCCUCGCGAAGCAGCUGCCCGAGCCUCGCAUCGACUUCCUGGGGGAGAAUGUCGCGUCGACGAUGGAGCUCGACGCGAUGGUCCUCAUCGGGUGCUUUGAGAGGAUCCCCGACUUGAUCGAGGCCGGUGCCAUCAGCUGGGCCAAGCGCCCCAGGCCGCGGACCGCGGGCAUCACGGAGCGCAGCGAAACAGAGUUGGAGCGCUGGGCCGAGGCUGGCCACGCGGCGCCGCCGCACCAGCACGGCAAGGUCGCGCCGCCCCCCGCCUCGGUGCGCGAGCAGCUCGCGGGCUUCGCCGAGGGCCGCGUCCACCGCGAGGUGGUGGCUUGGCUCGCGAGUCACUGGGCGGCGGCUGCAGGGCUGCUCGUAGCCGCGCCCUCGCUCGCGGAGCUGCGCGAGAGCGCCCGCGCCUGGGCUGGUGGCCGCCGCCUCCGGGCCAGGGGCCUGGCCUCCCUGCGGCGCGGGCGCGAGGCCCUCCAGCCCUGGCACCUCGACGAGCUAGACCUGCUGGGCGGCCCCGCGCACGUCGGUCGGGGAUCGCAGAGCCUCGGCGCCCCGAGCUCGACCUGGGGCAACCCCUUCCGCGCGGCCAAGGGGCGCGCCCGCGAGGAGGCCGCGGCGCUCUGCGCCUCGUGGCUCCGCCGCAACCGC